GAACUGUCUACUGUCAUGUCUGCUGAGUGUUUGUGAUUGAGAGUGAUAACGUCAUUUUCAAGUAAAAAUGGUGUCUUUAAUUAAAAACCAAAUAUUGAAACAUCUAUCAAGGUAUACUAAAAACCUAUCUGCAGACAAAAUAAACUUGAGUACAUUCAAAGGAGAGGGGGAACUCACAUCUCUAGAGCUAGAUGAAAUAGUGUUAACCGAUUUGUUGGAGCUUCCCUCUUGGUUACGGCUGACAAGUGCUUGGUGUAAUAAGGUUACAUUUAGGAUACAAUGGACAAAACUGAAGAGUGUUCCGAUACAUUUGUCGCUGGAUGAGGUUCACAUCAAUAUAGAGACAUGUGAGGAGUUGCGCUCGAUGUCGGCUCAUCAACCACUCUCUUCUCUUGGAGCCGCUACGAAAUACAAUUUCAUCAACAAAGUGAUCGAUGGAAUGACAAUCUGCGUUAAUAUGGUCAAAGUCAAGUUUAAAAGUCCUGCAUUCACCGCAUCUGUUCAGAUCCUAAGGAUAGUUGUGCAAUCCAAGACUCCGGAUUGGAAGAAAGGCGACUUGAGACUGACAAAGCUCAAGGAGCCAAAGAAAGGACAAAUCCUCAUCUUUAAGGAGCUGGAAUGGCAGACAGUGAGGAUAGAAGCCAGUUCCAUACAGGACUCGGAGCUGCCUCCGUUGCGACUGCUCACUAACUUCACACGGUGUCGGAUCACCAUCAAGAAACGGCUCUCGGAUUGUUUCGUGAUGGGAUGUCGGUUGGCGCUACUGCUAGACGAUCUAUUGUGGGUUCUCACCGAUUCUCAGCUCAAGGCAGCUCUUUGCUUCAUAGACUCGCUCUCUGGUCUGGUGAAGAAAGAUACCGAGGUCACGCGCACAAAAAAAGCUGCUCGCAAAUUAGAGGUGUUACCAGAAUAUCAAGCGCAGUUAGCUCAACAAGCGAGAGUCACGGAGCCGAGAGAUACAAUGUGUGAUAUAUUCGCUCGUUACGACUUCAUCGAGACAUCAUAUCACUUCUUCUGCGCAAAGAUAGAUUUGCACCUCAGCGAGGACCCUGGAACUGGAAGAUCGUGUCAUCCGGAUCUCCAGGUUGGAGGAGCUUUCCAGAUCAACCUUCACAACUUCCAGGUCGACUACUACCCUUACCAUCUGGCGACUGGGGACAGGCACCACUGGGCUAAGUACAAGGAGGGCAACAGUCCUCACUCGCAGUGGCUCAAUCAGGCGCACAGUGUGUUCCGCAACACCCUACUGCAACUGGUGGACAUAGGACAUCACAUGGCACACCCCGCUCAGGACUCGCGGCCGUCACCCAGCCAGAACCCAGUGAAAGCUUACGUUCUGUCGCAGUUGGCCAAACUGAUGACAGCCUGUGUGAUAAUCAGGAUCGAAGACUUUACGCUCUAUCGAGUUUCUACCUCUGCGAAGAAACAACAGCAAAAAGAGUUUGUAAAAGCUCAACAUAGGCGAAGGUCCAGUGUGGCCUCCGGGGGAAGCUAUGGUGAUAAAGAACGUCACGCCAUACCAAGCGUACCUGAGCUAAUGACGUUGCACGCAGAGUUUACGUACUAUUAUUAUCCUGGGGAUGAGCCUUUUCCUCUUCCGCCUCCCAAGUUUUACGUACAUGUCAACCCUGUCCAAAUACACUUUGACGUGCUUACUCUGUUGUGGCUGAACUCGUUCGCUCUGUCGCUACAAAAACCGUUGCUCUCGGCCGCUUCUAAUGCCGCAGGGGCCGAUAAGGACGCUGCAUCGUUAUCAUACAUUGAUGUCAAGGUGGAGGCCAUUAUGCCCAGGUUGGUCUUGGAAAGUGUGGGUGAACAGUUGGGACAGAAAGAUCGUCCUCGCUCUCUGCACUUCAACGUGUCUCGCGCAAGCAUCACAAACGUGCGCAGUGUAGAGCGAUGUUCUCGCGCAGACCUGGCCAAGUGUGUGCACGCUUACCAGCUCGGCUCUUUGUUCUACAAUACAGACUUUCCUUCGAAACCGGAUGACCUGGCUGUACUCACGGACAAGUUUCUUAGCCACGUUCAGUGCACAGACAAUGUCCGGCCAGAACCAUCUCCGAUUCCCUCCGACUCGAUAGAACAAGCUAUGCUCCACUUGCAUAGAGAACUGCUCUGGACGGAGGCUAAAGAUGUUUGGUGUGUGCUGUUAGAACCGGUUUGGGGUGAAUUCUACGGCAUGCGUGCUGUAGGUAAUUCUCGGCCCGUGCCAUUCUUUGACGCCUUCCCACUCACCCUGUGGGCCCACGUCGGGCCACCCUCGGCACCGGACAUUAGAGCGUUGGCUCACGUCUCCAACCUAGUCAGCGUCCAGCUGAAUCAUUAUCAGUUCUUGUUCCUUCUGCGGAUUGCCGAUGACCUGACAGAGUUGACAACAUUCCUGGCCAUGGACAGUGAUCGUAUCGCCAGUAGAGACUCUCGCCCUACAGUAGUGGUGGGGGCGUUGGUUCCGCAGUUGGAGGUGACAUUUGUCAUGCCAGCGCAAUGUCCGGGCAAGGAGUCGUCCGGAGGGGAUCUGGAGAGUGUUAUUCCUGACUCGUCCAGUAUAGCGGACGACGCUGGCACUACAACUAGUGUACAAUGGAACACAGUGCUGUCGACUAAUAUGCAGGACGGGGGAGUGUACAAAAGACAUCCGACACUGACGUCUCCAACGAGUGACAUUCUGAGUGACAACGCGUCUCUCUCCAUCGGCCGCUCGGAGCCGCAACCGCGCAAGAGUGGUGGCAAGAAAGUGGAGCUGUCCUUCCAAUUCAACUCUUCACACGCACACUUCCAGAAGGCGCAGCCGGUCAGUAACCAUGUGGAGAAAAAAAUUUCAGAAGACAAAUAUACAUUAGUCGAGCCUCAAUCAGGCCCUGCGCUUCCUGUCAAGGACUUUACACAGAAAAUGAAGGGCUUCGGUGUGGGACUGGGAAACAUGAUCUCCAACCCUUUCGACAAAUUGAAACCUUCAACAGCGGACGACGCUAGCGACUCUAUGUCAGUCAGAUCAGACGCCAGUUCUGACAGUGACAAUUACGUGGCGUUCAAGAUGAAAGAUCUAGACACGGGUGACACCAUGUUCUCACUUGGCGAUGGAGGAACUGGAGGCGUCGAACUGGCUAACGAUGCGUUAGAAGACGACGAAGCAACUUUGACUACACCUUCGCACAGUGAGACGUCACACAGCAUUGCGAGUAGUUAUAAAAGGAGAGAUCUGGUUGCGGUGGCGACAUUUAAGUUAGGCCAGGUCGAAGUAAUGCAGCAAUCUGAAGGGUUCAAUUCCUCCGUUAAGCUGCAAAUCUUCAACAUAUCAGCAGAGGAAUGUCCGUCCAUACCUUGGGACGAGUUCCAGAGCAAGUUCACGAUGCGAUCGCGCGGCUGGUCGGAGAUGAGCAGUACCAACCACAAGCCCCGCGUAACAGCUCGUCUAAACCACACCGUGACCCCGCAGAGCCCCGCUCAGUGGGUGGGGCCUGGCCUAGGCUCUGGGGCAUGGUUCACCAACCUAUUGACCGUCAGGGUUGCCAACACGGAGCUGGGUCUCAGUGUCGCCACUAUUGCUGGGUUGGCAGACCUGGCUGAAGACGAGGUGCUGUCAACGCCGCUGCCUGUAGAUAUAACUUUAGAGAACAUCAGAUUACAUCUGACUGAAGACAGGAGUUGUAACAUCACUUCGCCUGGACCAAUACCUCUAGAUGUGAACAUCAGUCAGCUCAGGGUUCACAGGACGGAGGACGGAGUGUUACACGUGGAGCCGCCUCCCCCACCCUCCCCUCUCACUCCUACGACACCACACACCCCCGCCAUGGACCAGGUGAUGUUGGCAAGACUGCGCAGUGAGAACGACGAGCUGCGGAGACGGUUGGCCGCCAUGGAGAAGAUCAACGAAGAGAACCAUGUGUUGCGGCGAUGCCAAGAGGAGACGAAAGUACUCAGGUCGUUGGUAAACUCAGCGCAGGAAGACCUGUGUCGAGCGCUAGAGGCCAAACAGGAGCUGUUGGACAAGGUACAAAGACUGCAAGCGGCUGCUAACAGCAACGAUAAGCAGCAAAGUAACACCAAGAGAUAGCAGCAGUGCUGCUGUUUCCGCUGUGGCUGCGGCUGCUCACACAAGAAAUGUUUGUAAAACCUAGUCUAGUCUGUACAGUAGGCACCACUGCUAUGGUUAUCUGGAGGAAGCACUUCUUUAGGGGAUUGCAUGCCGCUGGCGGCCAUUUUGUACUGGGAAAUGAUUUAGACUUUUUUGAGGUUAGGUUUAUUUGUAAUAAACCAUUUACUUCAAGUUACGUGUUUUAAAACUACAUUUAUUUUGCUUUUGCUAGGACUACGUUUAUUGUAGCAAAACUUUUGGUAAAUUUUGAAUUAACUUCUUGGACCUUUUUUUAGGUUAUAUUUGCUCAUCGGCUAUUAGUUGAGACUUUUAAAAUUACAUAUAUUUUGUUUUGACAAAACUUAUUGGAGUACAGCUGAUGGUAAAUAAUAAAUUAUCAUCUACUGACACUUCUUAGUACAUUAUACGGUUGGUAUUAUCAGGUUAAUUUAAUUUCAAACUUAAGUGACAUAACCUUAAAGUUUAGCAGGUACCUUGAGUAAGGUAUUUGGUUAGUUACCGUUACUAGACCUAUCGAACAUAAUGUUCAUGUUUUUCUGUGCAAUCAAAAGUUAUAAAAUUGUGUCCCAUUCCUUUUACAAGUGAGUUACGUCUACGUAUAACUUAAAUCGCUUUUCAAUUUGAUUGAAGCAUACCAGUCAAUUAUUUUCUAUUUUGUACUCUCUGUUCUAGUGCACUACCAACUUACCAACCGUAAAAUAGAUUAAUUUUAAACCUAAACCAGUGUUACCUCUGGAAAAAAUUUGUAGUUCAGUGGUAGGCAUCCUCUAACUAGGCUUACGAAUAACCCCGAGCAACAUGGUGUUUAUAGUCACAUUAUUCCUACGUUAUCUAUACGGACUAGAAAAUUUUAAUUUGUCUGACAUAUUGUAACUUGCUGCUGGUUUCGUUACUGAUAAACUUAAUUUGUUUAUGGUCCAACUUGUUAUUGUGCAUCUCUUGUUUAAAAACCUGCAGUACUCUAGGUAGUCUAGGUUGUAUUUUCUCGGUGCUAUUAUCAGUUCCUUUAUUGUUGCUUUGUAGCAAAAUGUACGGAGUAAAAAAGACAGUCAUAUGUGAAGUUUUAAAAUCAGCUGAUCACAAAUUUAUCACAUGUUAUACAUCAUGUUUAAGAAGGCUACCUAACUCUGUACAUUUUGACUUUUAGUACAUUGUAGAUAAUUAUUUUCAGUCUUGAAUGAUCUGUUAGUUAAGUUCUUAUCAUAAAACACUUACGCACUGUUGUUUUCAAUUUUUUUUUGUACGAGUAAUACCUUUGGGUAUUUCUUCUCAACGAUAUGUAAGAGUAUAUAUUUAAGAGCAUUUAUUGUUUCAUGUUAAUGAUAUAACAUUGUUUUAUUAUUUGUUACACAUAAUAAAACUGUAAAUUUUGUCUAACUCGUACAGGAAAGAAUCUGUUUGGUUUCAACUAGUCAAUCAGCUGUUUUUUGUUGUUGAGAGAUGGAUAUUUACUAUGAACAGCUGUAAAUAAUAUAGUUGUUUAUCAUCACAAUAUUUAUAUUCUCAGGGCAUUUGACUAUUAUUUAAUUUUAUUUUAAUGAUGGGUUUUAAAACUUGAACAUGAAAAUUGCUGACAAAUUUGAGAAAAAGGAAACGAAUAGGUUUCUGGAGGAGAAGUGUUUCAAAUAGGUUUCUUUAAAUGAAAGUCUAUAGCAAAAUGUAACUUAUUUUUGAAUUGUUACAUUAAUAAUGUUUAGUCACUUUAGUGAUGGUACUGUUAAUCCUUCCGUUGAGUGCUUUUCUUUUCAAAUUAAUUUUUUUUAGUACCGGUACUUAUCUAAACUGUAAGUUUUUGUAAAAAUAUAAAUUAGUGUAUAUAAUCUGUUGAAAUAGUAAAUAACAAAUUGUGAUUUUAUCAUUGUUGAAUAUAUUGUCAGUGCUUGCGUUGCUCAGUAUGUAUCGACUAUUAGCAAUAUUUGUUUGUAUUUUGUAUGUCUUGUCGAAAUAUUUACCAGUUAUGUAGUUGUUAAAUUCUAUUUGUUAAUAUGUAGAUAUUCAAUUAGAAAUAAUUCGAUUGUUGCAUUUCCGUGUCAAAUUCUAAGUUAGUUGAACAUUGUAUUAGUGUUUUUUUUCUAAUGCUAAAUAUUUACGCACCCUUUUCUUUGAUAUGUUUUCAAACACAAUGGGUUUAUAAAAGACGAAUCUUAUAUUUAUUUUGUUAUCAUUCAUUGUGAUUUUGGUUAGUGACUGUUUUUCUCAUAUUGAUUGGGAAUUGUUUUGGUUGUAUUUUUAUCGGGCAGCUUAGAAGGCUUUAAAGUAUUUCUAAUAAGAAAAUCUUCCAGUAGUCGAGGAAAAAUUUCGGCUUCGGAACUAAACGUAACAGGAUUAAAAUAAUGAAUUAUUUAAUAUUAUGCGAUGUAUGAAAUAUGGUAAUUUUUUUGUAAAAUGAGGUUGGUAGCAUCUAUACAAAAAACCUACUGCAAUAGAAACUACUGAUAAUAACUACAACACUGAUUUACUAUAAUAAUUGUUCUACAAUAAAAAAAUCUUUAUUGACAUCCAUUUGAAAUUGCAAUUCAAAUGGGCCUUGAAAACCUGUAGGCUACGUGGACCGUAUCAACCAAAGCAAGGAGUGAGCCGUUACCGUACAAAAUGAUGUGUACUGAAUAAUAUAAGUGGUGGAACCAGGUUCGAACCCACAACAUCACUGACUUGGCUUCUCAGUCAUAAAUACAGUUAUAACAAUAUACAUUAUGGUUUAAACAAAAAUCUUUUGACAUUUAAGUUCCAAGGAUUUUGAAGAUGGCUUGAAAUGUUUAUGCAUUAGUAAUAAAUUAUUAAAUGUUUUAAAAUAGUUACGUUGAACUUCAAAUUGUGUGCUACGUAGUAAAAUUACGAUAAAAUGUGUAAAGACCAAAGCAUGGAACAAAAUAAGUAGUAACUUUGACGAUAAACAAAUCGUAAAAUAUAAAAAAUUCCCUUAAUGAUCACAAAUCUUUUAUAUUCUUUACUCUAAGCUUAACUAAUUUUUCCUCGUGAACAUGGCUAUAUUGCACGUUUAAAAUAGCUUCUUUAUAUUGCAGGUGAAAACUUGGGUUAAAUCUUGUUGCGUUUAGUUCUUGACCCGCAAAUGUGAUGUGAUUUCCGAGACUACGUAAAUGUUGUACUAAACAGUGCAAGAGUGUGGUAAUUUAAUUUACUUUUUUGUAAAAAUCCUUAGAGAAUAUAUUGUAAAAUAUUGUUGUAAAUUGUAUUGGUUGUAACAUCCGAUAUGUACAAAUAAUUUUUGUCACAGUAAACAUUUUAAACUACUACACGAUUUUAAACAUUUGUAUAUCUAUUUGUUGGUUUGGUUACAUUUUUAUUUUUUACCUUUGCAGAUCGUUUAAUAAUUCAAUAUCUAAGUGUAUAAAUAUUACUACACUCUUGCACAUUGUAAAUUGUACAAAGAUAAAUAACAAUAAGAGGUGUGUGAGGGACCAGCUAAGCUGUUUUUGUUGUGACUGUACAUUUUGCUUUGUGACUGUACAUUUGUUGUGGCUUGCUAUAUCAUGGCUUGUCAAUACCAAGGGAUUGUGUUUUAACGUGAAAAUGCAAUAAUUAAAAAUUAUAUUUUCCUAUGAGCUCCAGCUUCCCAAAUGGAACCCUGUUUCUUAAAUACCCCACACCUGACUCCUAGACCUAGUACAGAGACUUUUUUGUUCUUCUAAUUUGUUCUGAUGGUAAAUACAAAUAGUAGGUUGAAUAAAAAUAGUAAACUAAAAACAAUGACUUUCUGCAGGUUAGCGUAGGUUAGUUUAGCAAAGCUUCAAGCCUACUUACCAAACACCUCUUUAUUGCCAAACACUUCCCUUUCAAUUAAAACCCAACUAACCAUUACAUUUAUGCCUGCAGGCAAUUUAUACGAAGAUAAUUUAAAGAGUUUAAGGGACAUUACUCUUAAAAUCAAAUUGGAAAUGCUAACCAUCAAACUAGCACACCAAUUCUGUUUUAUUAUCUCAGUUUCAACAAAAAAUAUUGACUUUCAUGUUUUUACACAAUCCACAAACCUAUAAAAGCCGUUUAGUUGCCACUUCAAUCAUUACAUGCAUAUCAACAGCGUAGGUUAAGCUUGUACUAAUAGGUGUAAUACAAUAAAACAUUUGUUACUGCUUUAGUAUGUUUGUUAACCUGUAAGAUAAGUUGUUUUGGAUCACAGUAAAAAAAAUUAUUAGCUUUAAUCAAUGAUUAGGUUCGAAAUAAUCUUUUGGCUUUGUUUUUAUCAUAUAAUUUUUUCAUAAUAGUUUGCUUCGUAAUAAAUUUUAGUUAGGUCAAUUAAUUGUUUAUCUUUAUGCAUUUACUAAAUAUUUUACUGGCUGCUGUUUCAAUCAUGACAACAAAAUUUUAAUUUUAUUUGACAACUCACCGAAUAUUUGUUAGUACUUAAGAAUCAAAUUAUGGUGUUUUACUUAAAAAAGAUUUGACAUUGUGUAAAUUGGUUGAAUUUCGGAUGCUUAAGAUACUGAAACAAUAUAAAAUUGUCAUUUUCUAUCCAUAAAAUAUUUUUCAAAAGAUAGUUUUUCUCUGACUAUUUAAUUUCUUAUAUGGAUCCAUCAUUCUAUUAAUUUUCUUAGUAGUUUUUAUUCUAGUCUAAACAUAUAUUAUAUUCCAUCGUAAUUACCAACAAAAAUGUAUUUAACUAUUUUUUAAAUUUAAUCUUUAGGAAAAAACACCAUUGUCAUAAAUAAAUUUAGGCUUAGUAAUAUAGGAUAAUCAUUUUACUGUCAAUUUUCUUUCAUUACAAUGAAUUCUUGUCUUGUUCUCGUAGCUUUUUUUUUUCGUAGCAAUGUUUCAUAAGACUGGGUAUUUAGCUAGUUAAUAUACAUUGUAUUUUUUCUAUUUUCAUUGUCAUAAUGUAAUAUAUUGUUAUUUAA